UCCCCCAUCAGGCCGUGCGCGCGGGAGAGGGGCCCGCAGGGGCCGCGAGGGGAGCGUGCCUCGUUGGGCGCGGGCGCGCCCAAGGGCACCACUCGAAAUAUAAUCAAAUCGCCCGAGGAGAAGUACAGCCGCGGCGCUUCGAGUAGGGCUGCAGGCGGAUAUGGAUGCUCGGACUUUGGGCGUCCAAGCUGCAGGGCGCAAACGCUGGAGGAAUCGACCAAGGAGAAGUAGAUCCGCGGAGGAGGCGGAAGCGAAGGAGGACGAGGGUGAGAUGCAGAAAGGGAAACCGAAACCUCCCACAUGGGGCACGAGCAGGUGGAGGUCGGAAACGGAGAUCUGGCCCUCCCGUCAUGAGUGGUCGCACGCACGACGGCCUAUAAAGAGCAGAUGUUCCUGCCCUGGGCACAGCACGAAUGCUCACCAGAGCAUCAGUCGUGCAUGAAGCAGAUACGCAGAGGACACAAAGCGUGGAAAAAAAUCAGUGCAGCACGCUGCACGCCGAGAAGCAUCCCACGCACCUCCACAGCCGCCGAACCCCUGCCCACGUACAUCCCGCGGGCGCGGUGGCUGGCGCGGUGAAGAGAGCUCCUCGGAAAGCAAGCCCGGAGCUAGGCGUGCGCUUCCACGCCCGUGGAUGCUCCUCACGCCUCCGAGCCUGCAUCGGGUUCGGGAAGAAGGCAGUAGAAAAAGGUGAGGCCACGGAUCCCCGACACCGAUUGAAAAAACAUGUCGUCGGGGAUCUGGGCACGCGGUGAGUCUGGGGGGGAGGGGAGGGUAGCUUGGGCGAUGGUCGGCGCGCGACGGGCGCGCCUGCCAAGAUGGCGCCGUCGGUGGGCGGGCACAAAGGGACCAGCGGCCCAGAGGAACAGCCAGGCAGACACCCCUCCUCC